AUGACUGACGCGUCCAGUCAGGACAUUGAGCUGGGGUUCACCGGCACUGAUAACUGGGUCCUCGGGAGUUCUGGGCAAUAUCACUUUAUGGGUAAUUCGUCGUCGACGUAUAUCGCCAACCGACUGAACCCAACGGCUGAGACGUUAGCAUGGCACAAGUACCCUCAUCAUGAGGACACCGCCUGGCUCCGGCGCUCAAACAGUCCACAAACACCACCUCUGCCGCCAUUCGAGAUUGCAGAACGACUCUACCGCGCGCAGCAUGCCUACAUCGGCACGAUAUUUGCCUUCCUCAGCGAUGCCGCCUUCCAUGAGCGGCUUGAGCAGGUGUAUACCCGAGGUCCGGACCACAACGAUCGCGAGGAGCGCCUCGUCUACUGCCAAAUCCUCCUCGUAUUGGCAUUUGGGCAGAUGUACUCGAUCAAUCAGUGGGUUGACAAGCAAGGACCUCCCGGGUUUGACUACUUUAAGCAUGCUCUGGACUUUCUACCGAAUGUGUACGAAGAAGGCUCUAUACUCUUUAUCGAAGUGUUGAGUUACGUUGCCUACUUUAUGCAGACCAUCAAUAGGCGAGAUGCCGCUUACAUCAUGAUUGGCAUUGCACUGAGGAUGGCCAUCUCUCUUGGUCUACACCAGGAGGUCUCGGAUCAGGAUAUUGAUAGCGAUACUAGAGAGCACAGGAGACGUGUCUGGUGGUCGACGUACAGUAUGGAGAGGCUCCUCUGUGUCACCUCCGGUCAUCCACUAUCUAUCCAAGACGAGGACAUUGACCUUCUUCUCCCAAGCCCGAUGGCCGAGAAGAUCUACCGCAAGAAGCAAAAGUCUGGCCUUGACUUGUCGACUUGCGUGCAGCAUAUCAUGAAGAGGCUGUCGGCCUGGUUCGACCAGUUGCCCUCGGCCAUGCGUUCGAAUCCACCUGACUCGGGAGCACCUCCAAGCCGAGAGAUUGUCUCAACAUAUCUCCACUAUCACCACUGCAUCAACAUGACGGCCCGCCCUAUUCUGUUGUAUGCAGUUCAGAGGAAGUUGGCCCCCGGCACGCAGAACCCUAACAUGGCUCGGUGGGAGGACGGCUUGCCACCAGACAUUGUCCAUGUUAUUGACCGGGCGAUCUCUGCUGCGAGAUCUAGUGCAUCAAUACUCAGUGCUGCGGCCAAGUAUAACCUUGUUGCAACAUAUGGCUUCAUCGACGGCGAGCAGGCCUUCUCAGCCGCCUUGCUCCUUGUCAUGGUGAACAUUGCCUUUCCGUACAAGGAAGUAGACGCCUCUGCGAUGGAAAUGGCCCUAGACGUACUGCAAAUGAUGGCUGAGAAGGGAAAUGCUUACAUCAGAGCCUGUCACUCCCUACUGACCAAAAUACGAAGCACUAUUAAGCCCAAGGAUCAUUCGAGGGCGGGGAAUGCGGAUGAGGUCGGUGAGCAACAGGUUCCCGAGUCAGACGCCAUUCUGCCAGGAUUGCCUGAGGAUGAGAAUCAGCCGUUUAGCUUCGACUUUGAAGGGGAUCCUGCGCUGUGGGCUGAAGUCCUCGAGUCAAUUGACAUUGAUAUGGAUAGGCAAUGGGUUGAGACGGCUUUACGUAGGGGGCAGCGGUUGGAUACGUGA